CGAAGGAGCGGCGCCGGCGGAGACGUCGCGCGUCGGUUUCCGAGGAACGACGUCGCGAGUCCUCGGCGCGUUCCUCUCAGAGUCGGUUCCGUUGGAGGCCUUGCUUCUCCUCCGGGCCACGCCGCCGCCUUCCGGAGUAGCCGAGGAAGGGGAGGAGCCGCGCCAUGUCGGUGCCCCCGACAGGGUUCCCCCCGCCGCCCCUCGGCUCAGCCGGCGCCUCCUUCCCGGGAGGGCCCAGCCUGGGGCCCGCCAGCCUCAGAGCCUCGGGCGGUGUGGGGCUGUGUCAGAACGGUCCAAUGCAAAAUCAGAUGCCGUUCUCCCCUGGAUAUGGAUCACAUCCUCAGAACUAUAGUGCUCUAUCAGGACACUACUCACAAGUGCCCAAUAACAUUAUCCCUUCGCAGCUGGAUAACCACUAUGGUGCUGAUUAUUAUUCUGCCCACUAUUCAGCACAGGCACAAAAUGUUAAUGCAUCUUCUAUGACUCCCAAGAUGUUGAGCAUGCAGGGAUCACAGUACUUGUACAAUAGAGAACCUCAUAUUGUAGAAUCAUCUGGACCUGUCCCAGGAAUGGUUUCGUCAGCGUCCCAGUUACAUACCAGCAUUUCACAGUCAUAUUCCUCGUUUGGUAGUCCCUAUAGUAAUUCAGCCUUGCACUCUGCCAGCUCUUCAGUUCCAUCUCAGGGAUUUGUUGCUCCUUCUGGUCCCUAUGCCACACCUGUUGCCUCUAGUGCUGCUUAUCCUAACGUUUCAUAUCCUAUGUCCGUCGGCAGUCCAUAUGGGCAGGUGACUGCUUCUCACAACAUACCAGCUUUUGGACAUCCAGUAGAGGCAAAUGCUUAUUCUUCCAGUCAAAAUAGAGCACCACCUGCAGGGCAGCAGAGGGUUCCUUUGAGUCAAAGUUCUGCAACAUGGUCUGCCCCAGAGCUCCAGCUGGCUCAGAAAAAUCAUAGCGGAAGCUUUGCAGGAUCCUUGCCACAAGCAAGCAACCCGACAGGCACAGGGUCACCGCAUCUUGUAAACCAGAAUAUUCAGCAUAUAAAACCUGCCCAGGGAGCGUCUUCAGCUGUUACUUCUUCAAUAAGAACACCUGUUGUGGAAAAGACAACGAAGCCCACCACUUCCUCUUCCCUUACACAACCAUCUGAUCCUUUGCUUCAAGAAGGCAUGCAGUAUGGUGGAUAUGUUAAUAAUCAAGCUAGCUCUCCAGCAACUCCCUUGUCAUCAAGUUCAGAUGAUGAGGAAGAGGAGGAGGAGGAUGAGGAAGCAGCUAUUGACAGCUCUUCCACUACGAGCAGCGCAUCUCCCGUUCUCAACAAUUAUGAUAGUCUUGAAGGAGGUGGCUAUCCAGAGGCACGUUCUACAACAAGUAGUCCAGCUCCUGUUCCCUCAGUUCCACAGACGUCUAAAACCUCUAAACCAUUUGGCUAUGGGUACCCAGCUCUCCAGCCUGGCUAUCAGAAUGUGACACCACCACUUCCACCUUCCAGUAACUCUGGAUAUAAUUCUGGAUUUCCUCAGUAUCCACAGCAAUACCCUACAAUGAAUCAACUGUCAGCUAGUCUAGGAGGACUAGGUAUUCAGCAACCAGAGAGCUUGCGACCGGUCAACGUUACUCAGGAUAGAAAUAUUCUGCCUAUUGGUCCAAUUCCAGCUCCUGUGCCUAAUUUGAACUCUGAGCUGAAGAAACUGAAUUGUAGCCCCGACUCAUUUCGAUGCACUUUGACAAAUAUUCCACAAACUCAGGCUUUGCUAAACAAAGCAAAACUUCCUUUGGGAUUGCUUCUACAUCCCUUCAGAGAUCUGACGCAAUUGCCUGUGAUAACAUCGAACACCAUUGUGAGAUGUAGAUCAUGCAGAACAUACAUCAACCCUUUUGUUUCUUUUAUUGACCAAAGGAGAUGGAAAUGUAACCUGUGCUACAGAGUUAAUGAUGUUCCUGAAGAAUUUAUGUAUAAUCCUGUGACACGGUCCUAUGGAGAGCCGCACAAACGGCCAGAAGUCCAAAACUCUACAGUGGAAUUCAUUGCUUCCUCAGACUACAUGCUUCGUCCUCCUCAGCCUGCAGUGUAUUUGUUUGUGUUGGAUGUAUCCCACAAUGCAGUAGAAGCUGGAUACUUGUCAAUUGUGUGCCAGUCUCUGCUUGAAAACUUAGACAAGUUGCCUGGAGAUUCAAGAACAAGAAUAGGCUUCAUAACAUUUGACAGCACUGUUCAGUUCUACAAUUUGCAAGAAGGAUUAUCACAGCCUCAGAUGCUAAUUGUGUCAGAAAUUGACGAUAUUUUCCUGCCAACACCUGAUAGCUUACUGGUUAAUCUGCAUGAAAGUAAGGAGCUAAUUAAAGACUUGCUAAAUGCACUACCAAAUAUGUUCACUAACACAAGAGAAACGCACAGUGCAUUAGGCCCAGCCCUUCAAGCUGCCUUUAAAUUGAUGUCUCCAACGGGCGGGCGCAUAUCGGUGUUUCAGACACAGUUACCAUCAUUGGGCACAGGACGUUUGCAGUCCAGGGAAGAUCCCAAUCAAAGAUCAAAUGCAAAGGUUGUUCAGCAUCUUGGUCCAGCAACAGAUUUUUAUAAAAAGUUGGCACUGGAUUGUUCAGGACAGCAAACAGCUGUGGAUUUGUUCCUUUUAAGCUCACGAUAUUCUGAUUUGGCUUCUCUUGCUUGCAUGUCCAAAUAUUCUGCUGGAUGCAUCUAUUAUUACCCAUCUUUCCAUCAUACCCACAACCCUAUUCAAGCAGAUAAAUUGCAAAAAGACCUUAAAAGGUAUCUUACACGGAAAAUUGGAUUUGAAGCAGUCAUGAGAAUAAGAUGUACGAAAGGUCUUUCAAUUCACACCUUCCAUGGUAACUUCUUUGUGCGAUCUACUGAUUUGCUGUCACUUGCCAAUGUCAAUCCUGAUGCUGGAUUUGCGGUACAGAUGUCCAUUGAGGAAAGUCUGUCAGACACAUCUUUAGUUUGUUUUCAGACAGCACUUUUGUAUACUUCCAGCAAAGGUGAACGGAGAAUCAGAGUGCAUACACUUUGCUUGCCUGUGGUGACUUCACUGGCAGAUGUUUAUGCUGGAGCAGAUGUACAAGCAGUUAUAUGCCUCUUAGCUAAUAUGGCUGUUGAUCGAUCAGUUUCUUCAAGUCUGUCAGAUGCAAGAGAUGCCUUAGUGAAUGCAGUGGUAGAUUCACUGUCUGCAUAUAUGUCAACUGCAUCAAAUCUCCAGCAAUCUGCUUUAAUUGCUCCAAAUUCCCUCAGGCUGUUUCCUCUGUAUGUUUUGGCUCUCUUCAAGCAGAAAGCAUUUAGAACUGGUACAAGUACACGCUUGGAUGAUCGUGUAUAUGCUAUGUGCCAAAUAAAAAGUCAGCCUCUGGUUGGCUUGAUGAAGAUGAUCUAUCCUAAUCUAUAUAGGAUAGACAAGCUUACUGAUGAGGGUGCUAUACAUGUCAACGAUAGAGUUGUACCCCAGCCACCUCUUCAGCGGCUGUCUGCAGAGAAGUUGACAAGGGAAGGCGCUUUCCUUAUGGACUGUGGCUCAAUAUUAUACCUUUGGAUUGGAAGAAAUUGUGCUAAUAACUUCAUAAAAGAUGUCCUCGGAUGCCCUAAUUAUGCAGCUGUUCCUCAGAAACUGACACAGCUUCCAGAAUUAGAUACUCUUUCUUCAGAGCGAACCAGGUCCUUCAUAUCCUGGCUUAAGGAAAGUAAAUCUCUAAGCCCAGUACUUCAAGUAAUAAAAGAUGAAAGCCCUGCAAAGGCAGAUUUUCUUCAACAUUUAGUUGAAGACAAAACCGAGGCAGCAUUCUCUUACUAUGAAUUUUUGCUUCACAUUCAACAACAAAUUUGUAAGUGAGAAGGAAGAAACUGAAAUAAUAAUAAUAAAAAAAACAUUUCUGGACUUAUACAAAUGUCAGCUGUGAAAGAAGUACACUGGAAAUGAUAAACAGACAUGGGUUCUUCAGCAUCCAUAUCUAAAGCUUUUCAGCUAAGAGGACAGAGUACACAUUUCCAAAGGAAUUUUACAGUUUUGCUUCAGUAUAAAAAUGAUGGCUAUGAUGCAGUUUUAGUACUAUGUUUUUAAGUUGGUUUGUAUGCGUUUUCAAUAGUGCAACGAUAUGGUGCUUCUGUUUCAAGCUGGUGAACUUACAUAGCGAUGUGGAAUAGUAUUUCUUAAUGAAAUCUAAAAUUGGAGAGCUUCCCCCCCCCCCCAUAUUUACUACGGUAGCCAGAUUAUCUCCAGCAGAGAUGCCAAAGUGCAGUGCUCCAUGCUGUUUAUAUGAAUUUGUAAGAGAGAAAAUUCGUAUUUGAAGACUUCACCAUUUUCUCUGUGAAGACUGUAGAAUUUCAAUACAGCAUACAUGAACUGUAGAAAUGAAAUAUAUAUAGUGUACAGAAGUAUUAACAUUUGUAAAGAAGUUGUAAAAAUGUAACUACAGACUAUGAAUUGGUUAGCGUGCUGCAGUGUUUGUGAUUUGAUGACAAAUCACUAACAGUUAAAGAAUAAAGAUGACUAAUGCAUAUUAAAUCUGAAUCCACAUAGAAAAGAUGCAACUUUGUAAUCCAUUUAAUUCUUUUAUGUGGAUUUAUUUAUGAUCAGCUAAUUAAAAGUAUUUUGCUUGAUCAUGUGUUUUUAUAUCUACAUGAUUACUAAAUUUUAGACACUAAUAUUGAAUUUGGCUUGCUGUAUUAAAGAGAGAAUGUUUACUACUUUAUUGUAUAGAAUUCUGGGGAAAGGGUAAGUGGAAAUAUGGCUGAAUUUGGAUUGUGUAAAGGAUAUAGCUGACUUGUGACACUACCUGGCAUUUGAUAGUGUCUUUUAAGUGGUUUACUUUAUGUACUCUGCAACAAUUGUGGUCCUGGAUCCUUUAUUUUCUCUUGCCACCAUGAGACAUUAAAGAAAAUUUAUAUUUCA